AUGUCUCCUAAAGCACGAGUGCUCAUCUACGUGCUACGCCGCGACCUGCGACUUGCCGACAACCCUGUUUUCCACGAGGUGUCACGACUGUCCCAGCAAUCACAGCACCCCUUCACUCACUUCCUUCCCGUCUUCACAUUCCCAGCCAACCAGGUCGAGGUUUCUGGCUUCGUAUCCGAUUCCGCCAAAAAGUCGCCAUACCCGGAAGCCAGAGCCCCAGUCAGUGGCUUCUGGCGAUGUGGUAAGCUCCGGGCAAAAUUCCUGGCCGAAAGUGUGUGGGAUCUGAAAAAGGACUUGGAGAGGAUUGGAAGCGAUCUUCAGCUACGCGUCGGUACCGUUCACGAUGCGGUCCAGAGCAUACUACAAGGCUACAAGGAGAACAACCAAGUCGACAUUGCAGGUGUCUGGAUGACCAACGAGGAGGGUGUCGAAGAGAAGAGAGAAGAGAAGGACGUCAGGAAGUUGUGCAAAGAGUUUGAUGCUGAGUUCAAGCUCUGGCAGGACGAAAAAUACUUUGUCGACGACCGCGAUAUCCCGCUCGACGACCCGCAUAAGCUGAGCGACGUGUUCACUGCGUACAGGAAGACCGUCGAGCCUCUGCGAUCUGCUCCGCGCAAGAUCAUCCCGGCCCCUUCUACCCUGCCGCCUCUCCCCGAACACAUUCCUGCACAAUCCGAGCCCUUCGAGAUCCCAGACUCCUUGAAAGGCAUCAUGUCAGCCUUGACAAAACCGCUUGGAGACGAUAUGGGCAUUCCGAAUAUGCCAAGCUGGCCGAAAGGAGCAGAAUCGGCCCACCCAUACGUGGGAGGCUCUAAAUCAGGUCACGAACGCAUUGAUCAUCUCAUUGAAAGCGGUAGCAUGUCCGCGUACAAGGAUACUCGUAAUGGACUACUAGGCCAGGAUUUCAGCACAAAACUAUCGGCAUGGUUGGCUCUCGGAUGUUGCACAGCUCGCGAAAUACACUGGAAGCUGAUCGACUUCGAAGACGGAAAGACACCAGUUGGAAAGAACGCUCCAGGAUAUGGCAAGGGCGAAAACAAGGGCACAGCCGCUGUACGCUUUGAACUUUUAUGGCGAGAUUAUAUGCGCCUGUGUACACGCAAGUUCGGACCUCGCCUUUUCCGUGUGGAAGGCUUUAGAAACGACCAGAACGCCUCAUGGAAAUACAUCUCUAGCCCCUUCAGCGAUUCGACCGACAAGAAGAACAAAGGCGGCAGCAAUGAUGACGCAACUGCAGCAGCUGUGAUGCGAUUCGUCACAGGCCGAACAGGCACCGGACUCAUCGAUGCUAGUCAGCGCGAACUUUUCUUGACCGGAUACACCUCGAACCGUGCAAGACAGAACGUCGCCAGCUACUUAUCUAAGCACCUUGGAGUGGAUUGGCGUAUCGGUGCUGAGUGGUACGAGUGCAAUCUGAUCGAUUACGAUCUCUCCAGCAACUGGGGCAACUGGCAGUACGUGGCUGGAGUAGGCAACGAUCCUCGCGGCGAAUCGCGCGUUUUCAAUCCCAUCAAGCAAGCUCUGGACUACGACUCGCAAGGCGACUACAUCCGCACCUGGGUCGAAGAGCUCAAGGACGUAAAAGUGGGAUCUCAAAGCGAAGGUACACAAGACUCGCAGAACUUGAUGGGUGUCUUCCAGGCAUGGAAGUUGCCAGAGGAGGAGAAGAAGAGAUUGGACAUACAGUCUGUAGAGUGGGUGCAGAAGCCUUUGGUAAAGAUUGACUUCUCACUCAACAGAAGAGGUGGUGGCAGCAAACGCGGUCGCGGUAAUGGACGUGGUGAGCGUGGAGGAGGCCGUGGAGGAAAGUCUGACCGAAGAAGCACGCCUGAGAAGGCACAUGCAUAA